AUGGAUCCCAACCAGACCGUGAUUGAUUCAUCGUCCUUAGAUGAUAUUUGUCAAAAUUUUCAUCUCAUCGUUUUUUUAUGUAUUAUAUUUGUCUUAAUUGUUUCGGCAAAUAUCUCGGUUAUUCUUCAUUUAAGCUGUGCCAAAAGACGGCGAACUCGAAUGAGUUUCUUCUUACUAAAUCUUGCCUAUGCGGAUUUAUUUGUUGGAAUUAUUAUUGUUACUCGUGAUAUCAUUGAGAAAAGUUGUAUUCCAUUCGGAUUGGGAUCUAUUGGUUGUCGAUUGACAAGUUUUAUCCAAGGAACAAUAUCAUACAAUUCAUGUUACGUACUUGUUUGUGUCUCUAUCGAUCGUCUCUAUGCAAUUAUUCGACCGAUGGAUGUUCGAACAGCAUCUUCAACAUUUCGAUAUUCGAUGAUUAUUGCGUCAUGGGUGAUAGCAAUGACAUUUGCGUCUGCUCAACUCUAUCUUCGAGAUAUUGAAUGGAUACGUGAUAUGCCAAUCUGUGGCAAUCGGUUGGAUGUACAAAACUGGAAUGUUUAUGUUUAUUUUCUUUUUAUAACUCUCUAUCUUUUUCCAUUAUUUAUUAUGACUGUUUCAUAUGUGAUUAUAAUCAUAAUCAUAUGGAAAAAAAGUUCUUUGAAUGAUAAAACUGAAACGAAUGAUCGAUCAAGAUUUCGUCGAUUAAUUUCAUUAAGACGCGCACAAACAAAUGUUCAUCAGCAAAUGGAAUCAAGUAUUCGGAAUGUUGGCUCACUCGGUGUUAUACCGCGCGCGAAAAUCAAAACCGUUAAAAUGACCUUAGUCAUCGUUAUUGCAUUUACUGCAUGUUGGUCGCCGUAUUUUUUCUUAACGAUUAUGAACACCCUGGAUCUUAUUCAAAACUAUGUUCUGAUUCGUGUAACAUCAUCAUUAUGUUAUAUGAAUUCAUUAGCAAAUCCACUUAUUUACUGGUUAUUCGAAACAAACUUUUGUUUUCGAUGCAGACAAACAUGUUGGUGUAAUAACCUAACUGGAAAUUCAUCAGAUCGAAUGAAUGGUGGAGAUUUCUGUUCAUUGACAGAAUCUCGAUAUAGUCGUGCAAGUUCAAAAUAUAGAUUUAAUCGUUCUCAAACUACACCACGUAUGGGUUCGACGCGUCAAUCAAAUUAUCGUUCACCUGGAACGAGCCAAUCCCGAGGAAGAAAACGUCCUGUUCAACAGCAAACUUCUCAAUCAUCUCUUGUAUAUGGUUAUCCAAAUCGUUCAUAA